UAGACCACGCGCGCGCACGACCUCAGUGAAGAAGAAGAGGAGAGGUAGAAAAGAGCAUACACUUUUUAGAUUACCUUUAUUUGGAUCCAAAUUCAAGAGCAGCAUGGCUGACGACAAGCCAAAGGAAGGUGUGAAGACUGAAAAUGACCACAUUAACCUGAAAGUGGCUGGCCAGGAUGGAUCGGUGGUCCAGUUCAAAAUUAAACGACACACUCCCCUCAGCAAACUAAUGAAGGCAUACUGCGAAAGACAGGGUUUGUCGAUUAGGCAGAUUAGAUUUAGGUUUGAUGGACAACCAAUCAAUGAGACGGACACACCUGCACAGCUGGAGAUGGAGGAUGAGGACACUAUUGAUGUAUUUCAACAACAGACUGGGGGUUGUGGGAGCUGCUAAACGGUGGACUGCAGACCUGGAGAGCAUCAACUCACAUAUUUUAUUUGAUCCCUUUCCUCCAAAUGCUCUUUCAACUUUAUUAUUAUUUUUUUUCCUGUUCGUUUUUGUUUCCCUGAACCCCCCACACCCUUUUCCAGUUCUUAAUUGGGUUGGGCGGGGUUUGUUUUCAGCAUAUGUGAGAGGACAAUUUUUUAAACUGAAGCCAUGCCUUGCUUGGAGUGAUUGUCAUUGCGUCUGCUACAGUUACAGGGUCUCCGGUCACUAUAAUGCUACUUCUUUCCGAAUGAAGUCAUACUUGGAGGUCAGAACAAGAGGGGCUGAGGAGAUUAGGCUGCUUUAGGUGCAAUCGACACAAAUGGGAGAUGCUUGGUCCUUUCGUGAGAUCCACCCCAGGCAGAUUUGCUUUUUGAACGCCUUUAGUAAAGCAUAGUGUAUAUUUUAGUGUUUCUGUUUUAGGUACAUUUCCAGAAAGCUCAGUUGUCAGAUUUUUCUCUUUGUAAUCCGUACAUUUGUUCAAAAGCUUACUGCUCUGAGUAUUUGAGAGACUUUCGUUUCCAGGACUUGUUUAUUGACAAAGCAAUUAUAUUGGAUUAAAUGGGCUAGUUUAUGGACCACAUCUUACACGGACAGCAUUCUGAUCAAUGUACAUGUUAUUUAAAAAAAAAAAAAAAAAAAAAAAAAAAAAAGCAAAGU